AAAGUAAACAUAUUCAGUUAGAUCGUUAGAUGAUCGAGCUGGCACACAUCACACACACACACACACACACAUAUAUAUAUAUAUAUAUAUAUAUAUAUAUACACACAAAGAGGAACACUCAGAUACAGAGAUGGAGUCAAGUGUUUACGGUUCACCUCUGUCUGGAGGAGUCUUCGAUUUCUCCAGCUUUAUCAAACAGCCUCAGACACUCACGCGACUCUUCAGCUGGAUCUUCUCAAUAGUAGUGUUUGCUACCAUCAUUUCUGAAGGCUACAUCAAUGAAUCGUCAGGAGACAACACUCACUGCAUUUAUAAUCAGAACGACAGUGCCUGCAGUUAUGGAGUUAGUGUUGGAGUUCUGGCUUUUCUGGCCUGUGUUGUCUUUAUUGUGCUGGAUGCGCUUUUCCCUCAGAUCAGCAAUGCCAACGAUAGAAGAUUCAUCGUAUUGAGUGAUCUGAUUUUCUCUGGUGUCUGGACGUUUCUGUGGUUUGUGUGUUUCUGUGUGUUGACCAAUCAGUGGUCUCGCACAGAGACAACAGAGGUUAUUCCCGCCGAUGCUGCUCGAGCCGUGGUGGCCUUCUCAUUCUUCUCCAUCGCCACCUGGGCUCUGCUCACAGCGUUUGCGUUUAAACGUUACCGUCAGGGUCUGGAAAGUGUUGUGUCGGGCUACACUGAUCCGGUGAAUGAUCACACAUCCCCGUACCCUUCAGGUUAUCCUCCUGAGGGCUAUCAGCAGUCUCCAUUCUCACACACUUCUGCAGGAGAGGGAACAUAUCAGCCUCCGGCAUACUAACAAGUGUGUUCACUUUAACACUGAUGUGCCCAAAUCCAUACGCUCCACUUUGCGUUGUUCUGCACAAUUGUUUAAAAUAAGGCCCAGUGUGCAUUUUCCUGUUUUGCUCAGAGAACUUCAAAGUUAUUCAUUUUUACCACACACACCCUUAAGUGGGAAUGUUUUUACACAAGUAUGUAUAUAUCAGUCAUCUAAUGUAGCUGAACAAUCACAGAAAACAAACAUGCCCUGAUUUCAUGAAGAAGCAGAUAGUUUCCAAACUGCAGCGUUUGAAAAAACGAAAUGAAAGUACUCAAAUACAGACAGUCGACAAAAUACAUGUUCCCAUUGUUUAUGUGUAUCACACGUGUUGCCAAACAAUAAUCAUUCAAAUAGGACAAGUCUAUAUUUCACUAUGCACUAUUCACUAUUUGCCAAACAGCUGUAGUAAAUGUUCACUUCAGUCUUAUUUUGACUGAAAUAGAUUUUGUGAGUUGAUGUUGUGAGGUAAGAAAUGAACUACUGUAAACUCUUGACAAUAGGCUUUUUGUGUACAACAUUAGUACAACAUGUUGAAAACAAGCCUUGUUUUGUAUACUGUAGGCACCUGUUUUCUCUUCAUAUUAUAAUAUCCUUCACUAAAUGUGGAUUGUUAUCUUUAAGAUGUGCUCUAUUAUGCCAGCCCAAAUUCACUGCAAGAUUUCUACCUCUUAUCAUUAAAGACGAAGUGCCUUAUUUGAAAUGAAGAUCUGGGCUUACUCAAGAGGUUUGUUGUGUACGGUAUUUCUGCAUUGACUGUUUUUAAUACUGUUUUGUAUAUGCCAACAUUUACAGUCAAAUGAAUAGAUCAGUAGUCUGACUUGGCCACUAGUAAAACAACUGUUGUGUUGUUCUUUUAAAGCACAUUGUCUUUCUGUUCUUGUACUCUGCAACUGUUACUGAAACACAGUCAUUGCAACAUGCUCUUGUUUCUUGAAACGCCCAAUAAAAAAAACUUGACUCUUUGAUUAACUAA